AUGGAGGAGAGAUACGAGCCCAUUAAGGACCUUGGUGCAGGGAACUUCGGCGUCGCAAAGCUGGUUAAAGAUAGGAAGACUAAAGAACUUCUUGCUGUGAAGUACAUUGAAAGAGGGAAAAAGAUUGAUGAGCAUGUCCAGAGAGAAAUCAUCAACCACAGAGCUUUGAGGCAUCCAAAUAUAGUGAGGUUCAAAGAGGUUUGGCUGACUCCAACACAUCUGGCCAUUGUCAUGGAAUAUGCAGCUGGCGGAGAACUGUUUGCAAAGAUAUGCAGUGCUGGACGUUUCAGCGAAGAUGAGGCUAGAUUUUUCUUCCAGCAGCUAAUAUCGGGAGUCAGCUACUGCCACUCCAUGGAGAUAUGUCACAGGGAUCUGAAACUUGAGAACACGCUGCUGGAUGGGAGCCCUUCUCCGCGUCUUAAAAUAUGCGACUUUGGUUACUCAAAGUCUGGUUUAUUGCAUUCACAACCCAAGUCGACGGUGGGAACUCCAGCAUAUAUUGCCCCGGAAGUCCUAUCUCGGAAGGAGUAUGAUGGGAAGAUUGCAGACGUUUGGUCGUGUGGUGUGACGCUCUACGUUAUGCUUGUUGGAGGAUACCCUUUUGAGGAUCCUGAUGAUCCGAGGAACUUCCGAAAGACCAUUGGGAGAAUAAUGAGUGUUCAGUACUCUAUCCCCGAUUACGUACGUGUUUCUGCAGACUGCAAGCAGCUCCUUUCUCGUAUUUUUGUAGCCAAUCCUGCAAAGAGGAUCACCAUCCCGGAGAUCAAACAGCUGCCUUGGUUCCUCAAGAACUUGCCCAAGGAGCUGGCCGAGAUCGAGAAGACCAACUUCAGCGAAGCAGGAGGCAGUGAGCAACCUGCUCAGAGCGUGGAAGACAUAAUGCGUAUCAUCGAAGAGGCGAAGGUACCAGGGGAAGGUGCCAAAGCUGGCGGCGAGCAAACUACUAGCGGCGGUGCUGGGAUGUCGGAUGACUUGGGUUCCUUGGAACUCGAAUCUGACCUUAGCAGUGACUUUGUAGCUCAAGUGUAA